AUGCCAAUACUAACGUUCAUCCCUCCACUAGAUGUGGAUUUGAAACAAUUGAUCGAAGAAAAGGAUCUACAGAGUAUACAAGAAAUAGAAGCAAUAGAGUACCAUGUAUCUACUUUAAAUGGAGAUUUGAACUAUUUUCAAAUAGCUUGUUUAUAUGGCUGCUAUGAGAUUGUAGUAUUCUUUAGUAAAAUUAAUAGAUACAUACAUCUUUCGAUUGAUAAGUACGGAAAUAAUGCUUGUUUUUAUGCAGCACUCUCAGAUUCAGAAGAAGGAAUACAAAUUCUUCUUUAUUUUGCAGAAACAUACGGUGAUGACUAUAUAAAACAUCGAAAUCAUUUGAAUUUAAACUUGUUACAUAUAUCUUGCUUAAGAAAACUUCCAAAAACAUUAGAAUUUAUCUUAAAACACCAAAUACAUAAUUUUGACUUUCAAGAUAAUCAAAAUACUUUUAAUAAAACUGCAAUUAGCUUUAUAAUUCGCAAUAAAUCAUUUGAAAUGCUAGAAAAAAUAAAUGAAAUUUUAUUUAAAAAUAAUAAUAACAUUAAAACGAUUAUUGGUAUUAUUGAAGAACUAAGUCAAGCUAUAAAUGAUUUCAAAGCAAAGAUACCGAGAAGUCAAAUACCAAUUUUGAACAACCAUGAAAUUGAGAAUAUUAAUCAACUCGAAUCUAAACUUGAACAAAUUCUAACAGGACCUCAGCAUCCAAAUCAAAACAUAAUUUUACAAGAAAAUACUUUUCAGAUUAUUUUAAUAAACGAAGCUAAAGAAGAGUAUAAAAAAGAUAUCGAAGGAAUAAAUCUCUUCAAGCCUAAGAGCAUGUCAUACCUUAGCAUUCCUUUAUCAAUGCAAAAUAUGUUGCCACCAUUAGAAAAUCCUGAGAGCCCUGUUAAAAAACGUCAACCAACAAAAAUUCCAAAGAGCCCUGUUAAAAUACAUCAACCAAUUAUUCAAAGAUAUUUCAGUAAUUCAAAGAAGAAAUGA